AUUGCUUCGACGCUCAUCAUGCUCCCCUCAAUUGUGCUCUUCGCAAGUCUCGUUAACCUUGUGUCUAGUGCAGCUGUGAAUAAUAUACGACCCCUAGUAAUAUGGCAUGGAAUGGGUGACACCUACGCAUCUUCUGGUAUGGAGAGCUUUCAGAGUGAGGUCAAGGAAAUGUACCCCGGCAUAUUCGUCCACUCCAUCUUCAUCGACGAAGACCCAAAUGUAGACCAGCGUGCAAGUUUUUAUGGCAAUGUCAACAAACAAAUCGUGCAAGUUGCCCAGCAGCUCGCUGAGAUACCCGAACUAAGCCGCGGUUUCGAUGCCAUAGGAUUCUCACAGGGAGGUCAAUUCCUUCGUGGCUACGUGGAACGCAAUAACAGCCCGCCGGUGCAUAACUUGAUCACCUUUGGGUCACAACACAUGGGUGUAUCAAGUUUACCAGCCUGCAACACGUGGGAUCUACUUUGCCAGGUCGCACGUCGAGCAGCAAAUAGGGGUGUUUAUAGUGAAUGGGCACAGGAGAAUCUUGUUCAGGCUCAGUUUUUCAGAGACCCGCACCGGCUCUCGCAAUAUAUGGAGUCAGGGAGCUUUCUACCGGACAUCAACAAUGAAGUCUUGCUCCCGUCUUCUCGCAAUCUAUCAUAUGCAGAUAACCUUGCCUCUCUGAAUAAGCUCAUUCUCGUCCUCUUCCUCCAAGACAAAACUGUAAUCCCAAAGGAGAGCGCUUGGUUCGGCUCCGAGCAACCUCUUGAAGACAUCACUAUGGACCAAGCAUCUGAAUCCCAUCAGACGCCGAUGCUCGGUGGAGUGAACACCAAAGACAUCAUCCCGAUGCGUCUACAAAACCUUUACAAAGAAGACUGGAUAGGCCUUCGACAGCUUGACGAACGCGGACGUAUUGACUUUGUGGCAUGUCAGGGAGAGCAUAUGCAGAUCGGUGACUGUUGGAAAGAUUUGGUUGCUGAGUGGGUGGGAGGAUCUCUGGGCGCAGAUUGAGGUACAUCCUUGACAGGAUGCGCCACACUGACAUUACACAGUCUGUACACUGCCAACGCUUGUUCGGCGCGCCACUAUUGAUUGGGUCGUGUUCUACUAUGUGAAACAGACACUGCGUCACGAUUUGUCCCAAGUACUAGUUGUUCACAUCAUGUCGCAGUACUCAAAAAUAUCAAUAUUAUAUAAGUCUCACAUUGGCAUUAAUCGCAUGAUUUUCCCG